AUGUCAUUUUCCCCUGAACUUUACCAGUCACACUUGUCUGCCACCAGACCUCUGCAGCUAAUCCAAAAUGCUGCUGCACGUCUGGUGUUCAACCUCGCCAGCUUCUUCCACACCACUCCUGUUCUCAAUUCACUACACUGGCACCCUGCUGCAGCUCGAUCCAGUUCAAGGCUCUGGUACUGGCCUGCAGGAGUCCACAGUGCAGACUACUACAUGCAGGAAGCCAAGAGACUGAAGCACAAAGCUGAUGCUUUGAUGGACAAAUUUGGUAAAGCAGUGAACUACGCAGACGGUGCCCUCUCCUUCAUAGAGUGUGGAAAUGCUAUGGAGCGAGAUCCACUAGAGGCCAAAUCACCUUAUACCAUGUACUCAGAGACUGUGGAGCUAAUCAGGUAUGCCAUGAGGUUGAAGAACUUCACCAGCCAUUCAGCUACUGUCGCUGAGAAGAAACUAGCUGUGUUAUGUAACCGCUGUCUGUCUCUGCUGUAUCUGAGGAUGUUCCAUCUGAAGAAAGACCAUGCUGUCAAGUACUCACGGUCACUCAUGGAGUACUUCAAGAAUUCAGCCAAGAGUUCCCACCAAGCACCUUCUCCCUGGAGGACCAAUGGGAAGGUCAAUGGGACUCCAUCUCCCCUCUCGCUUAGCCCCUCCCCAGCCAGCAGUGGAGGAGGAGGAGGGCAGGAGGAGGAGGAUCUGGAAGUGCCCCAGGCUCGUUCGGCAGUGUGGCUAUUCCCCAACGAAUUCACCACAUGGCUGCCAGUCACGUUAACAUCACCAACAACAUCCUGCGGAGCUAUGAACACUGGGAGACGGCCGACAGACUGGCCACUGAUAGCCAAGAUUUCUUCCAGGAGCUGGACUCGGUGAUGGAGCCGCUGAGUCAGCAGAGCAGCAUGACUGAGCUGGUCCGAUACAUCAGGCAGGGACUGCACUGGCUCCGCAUAGAUGCUCACCUGCUGUAGAGACGGGA